CUUCCUUUUUCAUUAGCUGUAUGCUACAGUGCUGGUUGUAUUUUGACAGACAGAAGGUCUUAGUUGUCGAUUUAAUAACUGCAUAGGAACUUUAAUGGUGGUGUUUUAAAACUGAAAAUGUUAUCUGUACGGGUUGUCGGUACAGCCCGGACUUUACUGAACCCAACCCGGCUGUUGACGAGCCGACAGUGUGUUUCUAGAGGUGUUAUAUGUGCAUUAGAGUGUCAGUCUAGGAGUUUGUCAGGGAAGGGCACAGGGCACAGCAUCCUAAAGCUCACACCAUUGGAGAAGGAUCCAGAACUGUUACACAACGGGAAUAUCAAGAAUUACUGUACAGCUCAAGUCAAAGUGAGCUGCUGGAACUGCAAACAUGCCCUGGACCAAACACCUGCAUUUUUCUGCAUGUUAUGUAAAGUAGUUCAACCCCCUGCAGAAGGUGUAUCCUACUUUCAGAUCAUGGAUUGUGACUACACAUUCGCACUGGACACACAAAAGCUACAGAAAAGAUACUUGCAGCUCCAGCGGUUUCUACAUCCAGACAACUUCAGUCAGAAAUCUGGGACGGAGCAGGAGUAUUCAGAAAGCCAGUCAGCUCUGGUGAACAAAGCAUACAAGACUCUGCUUAAGCCUUUGAGUCGAGGUUUGUAUAUGCUGGAGCUACAGGGACUGCGUAUAGAAGAAGGUACAGACUCUGGGGCUGAUUCAGAAUUUCUAAUGGAGCUGAUGGAGAUCAAUGAAGCCCUUGAUGCUGCACCGACGCCAAAAGAAGCCAAUAAGAUCGGCCAAGAGACUAAGGGGAAAUUGGCAGACCUGACGGAGCAGAUAGACGCUGCCCUUCGUAAAGGAGAGCUUCAAGCUGCCAAAGCGUUGCUCGCACAAAUGAAGUACUUUGCAAACAUUGAAGAGAAAGUGAAGGAAAAACUUUCUCAGUUUAUGUAAAUCAACCCCUAUUUUAUGUCACCUAAUAUAUUUGUAACCACUUUUGAGAGUUUUGUAAGGUUUUUUUUUGGUUUGUUUGUUUUACAGAGUAAGCAUUCUGCAUCGUUUAAUAAUUAUGUAAAUGUAUUACUCAACAUGAAUAAUAAAGAUUUAAUUGAAGCGUAUGACGCACUGAGCGCCUGGUACAUACUUCUUUUUACACUCAAACUCCUAUAUUAAAAGCUACAAUUUGCAGAUAUUAUGAAAGUGUAAAUGGAUGCAGUAGUAUCUCUGCUAAAUUGUACAAAUUUCACAAGCCUAAUCAUAUCUAUUUGUACCUAUUGUAUCAUUAAAUGUGACAGAGAUGUGUAAUUGCGUCUCAUUAAAAUGCUGCUCUGAGUGUU